UUUUGUUUUUUACUCCGGGAAGCUAGGGUUUGAUCAGGUUAUACAGUCAUGAGUAAAAAAGCGUACAUCCGAAAAGAAGACGAAAAGCAAAAGGCCGCCAUAGCUGCUUCCGAAUUACCUGACUUUGCUAUCCACCAGGUCUUCCAAUUCCUUUGCCCUAGAGAUGUCGUUCGGGCCAGUAUCGUUUCCAAGCAAUGGGAACGUGAGUGGCAUUCUGUCCCUGUAAUAGAUUUAGACGAGGAAAAGCAUGUCGGCGACUACCUUCACGAUAUUCACCAUCAAAAUUUCAUUGACUACGCGACCUGGUCUUUGAAGUGCCGCCUGAAAGAUAAGUCGCCAUUAAAUAAAUUCAAGCUCCGUACAAUUCGGCAUGUUGACUGUCAUCUCGUAGAUGGGUGGUUGAGUUUGGCUCUUGAGAGGAACCCUAAAGAGUUAUACGUAAGCACAGGUAAAUACCUUAACUGCUCCGGCUUAUCCGCACCUGAUAAUGGCUACUACUGCUUAUCCCACAAGGUUCUCGAUGCAAAGUUUUUAACUGUACUAGAUUUGCAGCAUGUGAGGAUAGACUCACAUGAGUCGAUAAGGCUUCCAUCUUUGAAAUCUUUGUCCCUCAAAAAAUGCUACUUGCGGUACUUCCACUUGCUUUCGGGGUGCCCUUCCAUUGAGGAUUUGUCGAUAAAUUCAUGUUACGGUCUUUCAGAUGUUAAAGUUUCGAGUUCCACCCUCAAAUCUUUGGAAGUAAUUAUGUGCUUCGCAAUGUAUGAUGUUAAAGUUGAAGCUAUGAAUCUUGAAUCUUUUAGAUUGGGUGGCAAUCAAUAUAAUUAUCGUCUGACAUGCAACAAGGUAGACUUUUCUUCUUGUGGAGCACUUAGAAAUCUGGAAAUCAUUUUUGCAGAGCUUGAAGAGCAAUGGUUUGAAGACUUUGAUUCAAGAUAUCCCGCCGUUGAGCGUUUGAUCUUACUUAAGUGCCGCGUCUUGGGACAUAUCAACCUCAGAAGUCAGCAUCUAAGACGCUUUGUAUUUGAGAACCAUGGAUACGAUUCAAUUCUGAGAGGCAGAAUUGAUACACCAAAUCUAAAUUAUCUUGGGUUCUGGGGUACUGUGACUUGGCCGAAUACGGAAGUUCAUAUAAAGGCUCCAAAUUUAUCCGAGGCUACAAUCGUACUUCAUGACACAUGCACGACGCCGAUGUUGCCCUUCCAAAAGAGUUGUUGUAUAAGAAACUUUCUUGCAAACUUUGAUAACUGCGGAACUCUACUAACUCUAUGUGCUUGUGAUACUAAGGCUCUCAUCUUUCCAGAAAACAUGAGAAGGGAAUGCUCCCCGCCAUUAACUAGUCUCAAGCAUCUUAAGGUAAUAACCGAUAUAGAGGAGGUAUUUCGUUACCCAAGAACAAACACAAUCGUCAAAAUAGCUGACUUGAUGGACUCCUUGCGUUGGAUGGCACCUUCUCUAGAGUUUCUGUCGACCAAAACAAAAACUUCUGACGGGAUUUUCUAUGAACUACGCAGAGCUGUUGAUGAGGUACUUGGCCAACGAAUUUUCAGGUUUCACUAG